CAUCCAUCCAGUCACGCAAAUCCGCGCGCGCACACCGUGGUCAGCGCAGCUUGACCCCGUUACGCUGCGGCGACCGCGCACACAUUCCUCGCGGUCAAAGAAAGGCAGCGGUGGCAGCAGCCAAUAAUCCCCAACCCACCCGAGGCGGCGAUGUCGGCGGCGCCCCCGUCGCCCCAACCGGAGUCCCCCUCCGCCACCGGCGUCGGCGGCGACAAGGUCCUGGCCGCCGCGCAGCACAUCGUCAAGUCCCUCGCCACCUCAAAGAACGCCGCCGACGAUAUGAUCCACAUCCUCUCCGGCUUCGACAACCGCCUCUCCUCCAUCACCAACGACCUCUUCCCCUCCCCUGAUCCCUCCUCCUUCUCCGCCUCCGGGUCCUCCUCCGAGAUCCCCGCCGCCGCCGCCGCCGCCUUCGACGCCGCAGAUCAGCUCAUCCAGCUCUGGGACGCCACCCCGGAGGCGCUCGUCUUCGAGGCUUCCGAGGACGACGUCGCGCAGUACCUCGCCGCGGUGGACGUCGCCGUCGAACACCUCGCAUGCGGCGGGGCCGGGGGCGCGCGAGCGGGCGUCGCCGUCCAGCUCGCCAUGGUGCGCCUCGAGGAGGAGCUCCGGCACCUCAUGGUCCGCCACGCCGUGCCGCUCGACCCCACGGGCCUCUUCUUCUCGCUCCGCCGCCUCUCGCUCGAGUCCAUGGACGAUCUCGACGCCUGCUCCCUGUUCGACGCCGCAACGCCGCUCAGUCUGGACGCCGCCGCGCCGGAGACCGCGCGUGGCGCUGCCCUCGGGAAUUCGCUCGAGGACCAAGUUUUCGAGCCCGUGCGCCCCGAGGCCGUCGACGAGCUGCGCGCCAUAGCCGACCGGAUGGCGCGCGCAGGUUACGCCCGCGAGCUCGCCGACGCUUACUGCGGCGUCCGACGCGAUCUGCUCGACGAGUAUCUCUCUGUGCUUGGUGUCGAGCGCCUCAGCAUUGACGAGGUGCAGCGCAUUGAGUGGAAGCUGCUCAACGACAAGAUGAAGAAGUGGGUGCACGGGGUCAAGACGGUCGUGCGCGUGCUUCUCGCUGGUGAGCGCCGCCUCUGUGACCAGGUGCUCGCCGCCUCCGAUGAGCUUACGGAGGAAUGCUUCGUUGAAUCCACCAAAGGAUGUAUUAUGCAGAUUCUUAACUUUGGGGACGCCGUGGCUGUGUGCCCCCGCUCGCCGGAGAAAGUCCCGCGGCUUCUUGACAUGUACGAGGCACUUGCGGAGGUGAUCCCUGAAAUGAAGGACUUGUGCUUGGGAAGUUCUGGGGAUGGUGUGAUCAGUGAUGUGCAGGCCAUUCUUGAUAGGCUUGGGGAUGCCGUUAGGGGUAACUUGUUUGAGUUUGGGAAGAUGUUGCAACAGGAGACGUCACGGAGGGCAAUGAUGGCUGGUGAGAUCCACCCGAUGACACGCUAUGUCAUGAACUAUUUGAGGUUGUUGGUUGUUUACAGUGAGACACUUGAUGUCCUUUUGGAUGAUGGCGGCGAUGAUCACAAUGCUUUCAGAAGUUCUGAUGACCAGGACCAGGAACACUUGGAGAGCAUGACCCCUUUUGGAAGGCGCCUUCUGAAGCUGAUAUCUUAUUUGGAGGCCAAUUUGGAGGAAAAAUCUAAGCUCUAUGAAGAUGCUGCCCUGGAGUGCAUAUUUGCCAUGAACAAUUUGCUCUAUAUUGUUCAGAAGGUUAAGGAUUCCGAGCUAGGGAAGAUUUUAGGUGAUCACUGGAUAAAAAGGCAUAGUGGUAAGAUUCGGCAAUAUUCAAAGAGCUAUCUAAGGAUUUCUUGGACCAAGGCUUUGUCUUAUUUCAAGGAAGAUGGACAUGGUAGUGGCAGUGGAAGUGGCAGUGGCAGUGGGCAUUCAAGUUCUAGGAUGUCCAUCAAGGAAAAGUUCAAGAACUUCAACAUGGCCUUUGAGGAAAUUUACAGGAACCAGACACUUUGGAAAGUUCCAGAUCCUCAGCUCCGAGAAGAGCUGAAAAUAUCUAUAUCUGAAAAUGUAAUUCCAGCAUAUCGUGCUUUUUUGGGCAGAUAUGGUAAUCAAGUGGACGGGGGAAGAAAUCCAGGAAAAUAUGUAAAGUACACCCCUGAGGAUUUGGAGAGCCAGCUCUCUGAUUUAUUUGAGGGGUCACCAGGUUCUGCCAACCACUCUAGGAGAAGAACAUAGUUCAUGGUUGAGAGGAUCACGUUUCAGGUAUGAUUUUGUUAAAAGGAUCACAUAUUGAUGAAUUGCUGUACACAUCACAUCCGCUGAUUGGAUGCUUGUUCCUAUUGUAGUCAUUACAAUACUGUAAUACAACCCGAGUACCUUUUGGUAUGCUUACUGUUGCAUGGUUUGUACUAAGAAAUGUUGAACAUUUAUUGUCCUUUUUUUUUUU